AUGAUAAAAUCUCUUCUCGAUUCAGCUGGUCAACCCUGUACAGCUGCUUAUGCUAUGCUUGUUGUCAUUCAAGGGCAUAAACGCUCUCUGGAUGUAGCCACAAUCUGGCAAGGGCAGUCUAGAUUUUUCAGUGUCUUGAUGCUUGCAUGGGGACUGAUAGCUGACAUAGAUAUCGAGUCUGAGCAGUAUCGGUGGAUGGGAAGUGCUCGAAUGGAUUUAUAUGUUGAUAGAAGAUACAAACAAUAUUAUCAUCAAAUGCAGAUAAUUAUAUCAUCAUUACAAGUAAUUGCUGAAGGUAGAGCAGCAAAAACCUACACAUCACUCGCACUCGAGACCAAUUCAUGCCGUUUUCGGUGCUUGAGAGAUGCAAUCGACAGCCAGGUAACACGUUUUCAAUAACUUUUUUUCAGUAAA